UAUUUAAAAUAAAUUAAAAACAUGUUUUUUAUUGCGCAUUCCAAUUAAUAUCAAUCUGCAGUUGGUUUAUUUUGAUUUAAGCCAUAAUAACUAAAUAAAUACUGCUACUAACACAAUGAAAACAUGAUCAAAUAAUGCAAAACAUGAACAUUUUUAAAAACUUCUCUCAUCGAGUUCUCUCAUUUUGUAACCAAACUCUUCAUAUAUUAACCAACAUGUAUCAAUAGUUUGGUGAUUAGUUUUGAGUUUAAAAGAUCCUUAAAUAAUAUCUCUUUUUUUAGAGACCAACCUGGAUCUCAAACGGGAAACAAACGUAGCGUUUAUAGAAAAAUUCGGAAACAAUCUAAUAUAUAAAAAAACUUAUUUGUGCAUUAACCAAAAGACGAAAAAUAAAGUCGCUUGCACUUUAACGCUAUUAUCACUUAUAUCACUUGAUUUAUAUAACGUAAUAGAAUCGUACAUCUGUAAACGUGUUUUACUGCCCCCGUAAAAAGUCUCCAGGGGGCGAGCACUUUUUCCCCUAUACCGCAAUGUCUCCUCCCACCUCAUGAAUAUUCAUGCUGAAAGUUGCCUGCGUGCCGUUACGCUGUGACGACAUGGAAGAACUGCGGGUCCCGAUUGCUGCAGCCGCUUGUCAUUGUGACGAAGAUUGGCACUGAGUUUAGAGGUGCUGAAGUUCAGCUUUAUAGAAUGCCCAAACGUUGUCCACGGCAACAGUAACUAUGAUGACAUCUCCAUCAGUGUCCAUGGAGGAUUACCAGGAGGCUGAACAGAUGCAAGCAGGAGAGCAGGCAGAAGAGAAGCUGGAGGAAGAGGAGGGACAGGAGGAGAGCAGUUCGGCUCUGUCUGAGCCACAAACUCCUAUGGAGGUCUACAAGACAGCCAUAUAUAGACACCCACUGUUUCCUCUGUUGGCGCUGCUUUUUGAAAAAUGCGAGCAGUCCACUCAGAGCUCAGACUGCGUGACCUCGGCCAGUUUCGACGUGGACAUCGAGAACUUCGUACGAAACCAGGAGAAAGAAGGCAAGGCUUUCUUCAGCGAGGAUCCCGAUUUGGACAAUCUGAUGGUGAAGGCCAUCCAGGUGUUACGGAUUCACCUGCUGGAGCUGGAGAAGGUGAACGACCUGUGUAAAGAUUUCUGCAGCCGCUACAUCGCCUGUCUUAAAACCAAGAUGAACAGCGAGACUCUGCUCAGCGGAGAUCCCGGAAGCCCUUACUCCCCAACACAGACACAGCCCCCAAGCUUCUCUGGAGCCAUGAGUUCUCAUGGUAUCGUUGUACCGGCGUCUGCUCUACAGCAGGGCAACGUUACGGUUACUACUGUUAACCCCACACAGGUGGUAACAGGUGGCACGGUAUAUCAGCCUGUGACGGUUGUUACACCACAGGGGCACUUGGUCACGCAGACUAUGUCACCUGGAACAAUACACAUACAAAACUCACAGCUUCAGCUGCAGUUAAACCAGGAUCUGAGUUUUUUCAGUCAGGACGACAGCUCGUCUAAGGCCAAGAGAGGCAUUCUGCCCAAACACGCCACCAACGUCAUGAGAUCUUGGCUCUUCCAGCACAUUGGUCAUCCUUAUCCUACCGAAGAUGAGAAGAAACAGAUCGCCUUGCAGACCAACCUGACCCUGCUGCAAGUUAACAACUGGUUUAUUAAUGCACGGAGACGGAUCCUGCAGCCCAUGUUGGACGCCAGCUCCUCAGACACACCCAAGAGCAAAAAGAAGGCGCCCCAAACACGCCCACUUCAGCGUUUCUGGCCCAACUCCCUCGCUUCCUCUGUCUCCCAGCAUCAAGUUACCAUGGAAGAUGGUACCACAGUAACAGUAGGCGUGGGAGAGGACGGGCUGCAGACGCUCUCGUCCGAUGGCGCCACGUUGGCCAUGCAGCAGGUCAUGAUGGGAGGACACAGCGAGGACGAUGAUGAGGAAGAGGAAGAUGACGAUGAAGACGAAGACGAUGAUCCGUCUCACUCCGACAUGACCAGGCUGGGCCUGGAGACCAGCGACUCGCUGUAGUAGGACUGAAGAAUUAACACACACAAACACACAUGCACGAACACGCUGAUAAAGAAGAAGAGAGAGACAUUUUAAAGAAUAUCAAAGCACUAAUGUGAACGUAAGAGAGAGAUUUACUUAAACACAGCUCGAAAGACGUGUUGAAGGUUCCGCCACGCAUCCUCAAGUUGUCAAACAGCUUGUUUGGAGUACGAGCAAAGGCUAAAAGCCGCACACAGAAAUACAAAGAGCACAAGCACAGUACGCACGCGCAUCGAUUUCACCGCAGUGACUGCGACGCAGUUAGCCGAGUGCACUUUUUGUACGAUAUUGUAAAGUUAAAAAGAAAAAAUCUUCUUGGAUUCUAUGAGGAUGAGAUGUUGUCUCUUGCAUGCCUGUGUUUGCUUUCAUUACCAGGCACCAAGGAAAGAAGGAACUAUUUUUGUAGCACAGUGUCAAAAAUGAUCGGUGCCAAUUUUUCGUUUCGUUUGCUCUGCUUUGUUUUGUAAGGAGUAUUUAUGUAUGAAAAUGACACUUUUAAUGCGUCACCCUGUUUUCCAGGGUUUCAGAGUGUGGGAACUAGUUAGUACAACGAAGGAGAUUUCUUAAAGUUAUCCACUGAAGGGAAAGACUCGGAAGCCUUACGUUUUUACAUUUCUAAUGCCACGCGUGUGUUCAAAACAUCUUAUCGAACUGACUAGAGAAUGGAAGCGUGUCUCAAAUAUGAAAGAGUUGCCAGGUUGUAAUCAUAUUCAUGACGAUGCCUGUAAUUGUUGUGUGAGAAACAAGCGCUUUGUUAAGGAUGUGUUUUUGAAUUAUGAAGAAAGCAACAGUGAAGAAAGUCGCAGAGAUUUUGUAUUUACGCACAUUGACGUAUUUACAUACAAAGGGACUUGCUGAUGUCAUCAUGAAUGAUUUUUCUGAGUUAUCAUGGAGAUUCAAAAGUUUUGUCAUUGUAAGAAAACUAGCCAUGGACUGAUUUUCUCAAUAUCUUAGGAUUGGUUGCAUGAGUGUUGUUUUAUUAUUGUAAAGAAGGUUUUUGUUUUUUGGAAAAUGCCAUAUGCUCCAUAGUAAACAAAACUGUCACACAAAAUGUAAACCAUAUGACAUUUGUACUGUUUGUAGCAGUUUGAAUUAAAAUCUUUGUGGACAUA